GAAGGCGAAAAUGUCCGUACCUAAUGGCGUCCAAGCAGUAGCAGCAGUUCACCAGUAAUUUCUUACCAAAAGUUGGGCCGCCGCCCUGUAUAAAGACGCCGGAAAAAGUAAUUUCGCGAGUGCUGCACUGCCAUGAGUUUCCCGGCGAGAAGUUAUUCCAAUUAGCCGAGUGCAAGUUUUGUGAUUUAGUGAGCCGAUUUAUUUGCUAAACAGUCAUGUCGUACCCAGGUCAGACUCCUAUGGGCAUUCCGGGUAUGCCACCAAUGCCAUAUAUGGUGGGUGCGCCACCACCAAUUAUUGGGGGUGUUAUGCCAAUGUCUCAUAUGGUUCCUACCCCAGUCUCAGCAAUGCAGACUUCAGCCCCAGCAGUUCGAUAUACGAGAAAUGCACCACCACCAAAUGUGAGAGCUGAAGCACCAACUGCAAGACCAAGGAGAGAGCGGGAAUCUGGUCCACCAGUAACUGUUUUUGUAGGAAAUAUUAUGGAUCGUGCACCUGAUAUCAUGAUGAGGCAGAUACUCGGUGCUUGUGGUCAUGUUGUUUCGUGGAAGCGAGUUCAGGCCUUUGGCUUCUGUGAAUUUGCUGGUCCAGAUGCUGGACUCAGAGCCAUUAGAUUACUACAUGACAUGGAGGUUGGCAACAAGAAAUUAGUUGUAAAAGUUGAUGCUAAAACGAAAGUUGUGCUAGAUCAAUUCAAAGCUGAAAGGCGGAAGAAACUGAAAGGAGGCUCAUCACCUCUGCAAGAUGAAACGCCAGCAGAUUCAACUGAAUCAGAUGAUAACGAUGACUAUAUGGAUGAAACAAUGAAGGCUAUGGACACUGAAGGUCUCGAACGAAUCAAGAUGAUGAUUACUGAGCAUUUAACAGAUUUUGAAAUAACUCCAAAUAAUUCAGAAGAACCAGUCAAAACCACAGUAGCCAAGAUUUUGAGUCUGGAUGAUGCAGAAAUCGAGGAAAGUAAGCGCGAUCUAAUCACACGAGAAAUCGGAAAGUUUCGGGAAGUUAUGAAGAAACAAGAAGAGGAGAAGGCCCAGGUGAAAAAGAAACGCGAGGCCGAGGAGAAGGAGGUGCGCGAAAAGCGCGAAAAGGAGCGCAAGGAGAGGAGUAAAGACGAGGAUGGCUCGAAUAAGCACGACGGCAGUGAGGAGCCCGGCAGUCCACACAAAUUACGUAGCAGUAGCAUCAGUCGCAGGGACAAACGACGUACUCGAUCGAGGUCCAAAACCCGAGAGCGGGAGCGCGAGCGUGAGCGCGAGCGCGAGCGCGGCCGAGGCGAUCGAGGCGAUCGGGAGCGCGACCGAGAGCGCGACCGAGAGCGCGACCGGGAACGCGAGCGCGAGCGCGACCGGGAGCGCGAACGCGAGCGCGAGCGCGAGCAACGCGAGAAGGAGCGCGAGCGCGAGCGCGCCGAACGCGAGCGCGAACGCGAGAGGGAGAUCCGUGAGCGCGAGCGCGACCGAGAGCGCGAGGAGACGCGGAAAACCGAGCGUGAGAUCUUGCGCGAGCGCGAGGAGGAGGAGGAGGCGAAGGAGCGCAAGAAGAACGAGAGGCGCGCCCGGGAGAAGGACGCCGCUUAUCAGGAGAGACUGCGCGCGUGGGAAGCUAGAGAGCGGCGCAAGCAAAAGGACUACGAUAAGGAAAACGAGAAGAAGAGGGCCAAGCGGGAGGCGAGGGAACGAGAAGCCAAGAGGCUGAAGGAGUUCCUCGAGGACUACGACGACGAGAGGGAUGACGCCAAGUAUUACAAGGGCAAAGAGCUGUCGCGUCGGCUCGAGGAGAGGGCCGUCGAGGCCGAGGCCGACUCGAGAGACCGUUGCGCCGAGAGGCAGGAACUCCAGCGACUCAAAGAGAAACUCUACAGCGACAAUAGCUUUGCCGACCCGGCCGCUGAGUUCGAGAGGCUGAAGGCCGAACGCGAGGAACAGUACAAACCCAAACCCGUCAUAACGAUAAUCGACGAGGAGGAGGAAAAGCCACGGCACAAGGAGGUCGUGGAGAUGCCUCCGAUCGAGACCGAGCCUAUCGAGAGCGACAGCGACGAAGCAGCCCACUACGACAACGGCACCGUCGCUCCCCAAGAGAUCUCUCGCACGCCACCUCGUCCGCAUCAUCAUCACCAUCGCCGACACCACCGGCAUCACCACAGAGAAGCCGUCGAGGAGCAUCAUCACGAGAUCGAGGCCAUCGACGUCGAACACGAAAGCAGUCAGCGGCGCACCACCACGCCACCGCUGAUAUUGAGAUCCACCACGCCACCUCAGCCGCCGCCCUCGCACGACGAAGACUCCAGAGCGUCGCUUGUCAGCGAAAGUGAAAAGCUCAGCAGCAACUUUAUUUCGUUCUCCAUGGCUGUUAGUGGGUCGAGGGCUGAUCACGGGAACAAGACACCAGCCAGCCCCAAUGCCAUUCAAAACUCCAAUCAGUCCAAACGGAGAGGUCGGAUAGACGUUAAAGACGUUUUUAAUAAUGACGAUGACGAUGAUAGUGCGAACAAUGCCAAGAAGCGCAAACUCGUACCUAUCGAUUACGGAGAGGAAAAGAAGAAGCAGAAAGAAGAGCCUCCAAAGAACACAAAAGAAGAUACUGCUAAGUCUCAGGAGGAGAAACGAAAACACAUCAAGUCCCUUAUUGAUAAAAUUCCUACCGACAAAAAUGCCCUCUUUGGCUAUCAACUUGACUGGGCUAUUAUUGACAAUUCGUUGAUGGAAAAAAGAAUACGUCCUUGGAUAAAUAAAAAAAUCAUCGAGUACAUUGGUGAACCAGAGCCCACUCUAGUUGAUUUUAUUUGUAGUAAAGUUAUGGCUGGCAGCUCGCCUCAAGGUAUUCUUGAUGAUGUACAAAUGGUCCUCGACGAGGAAGCUGAAGUGUUUGUAGUAAAAAUGUGGAGGUUAUUGAUUUACGAAGUUGAAGCAAAGAAAAUGGGUUUAGUGAAGUGAAUAAGUGGUUUUGCAAUGACGCUGACAAAUGACACUGAAUAUUUUAUUUCGAAUAAGUGAGCGGAUUUUGAGGAAUGCCGAAUGAUUAUAAUAUAUAUCGGUACUAAUGUUAUAAGUGAAACUUAAUGGCACCACACACUCACUGUGCUAAAGCGACUUACGCUAUGGACAUCAAGUGUCACUCAUGGCAUCUGUAUCGUUCAAUAUUUAAUAGAAUUGCUCUUUAAUUCGCACUUACGUCUCGUCUAUGCGUGAUUUAACAGUUUCAAAUGGUACCGUUAGAUUGUAACCUGAACGCCAGGGGGGGGCCAUUAUAAAUUACUUAAAAAUUGCGAAUAGACGUUGCAUAAGUGCGGAUUUCAGUCACGCAGUACCAUAAAGUUAAUAACUUUUUAAUGCUUAGUUUUCAUGUUUAAACUAUUAAGAACAUCAAUACAUGUAAAGGCGAUGGAAACGUGUACAAGGUGAUUAAGAAAACAAUAUUUGCAUAACUAGAGUGCGAGAAUUACGCGAUCGGCGCAAACCACACAACUUGUAAUUAAACUAUUAUUUACAUACGCAUUAUCGUUUUAUUAACCAUACCAAAAAACAUGUGCAUAAUACUGCAAGAAAUUUUUGGUAAGGUAAAAAAACAUAUACAUUGUGACAUUAACAUAGUGUUUUUUGAUAAAUGAAGCGAGCAUGUUUCACUGAGUGAUGCAAUUUCCUCAAUUUUGUCAAUAGCUAAGACUUAAGUUUAUGUAAGUUCAUCCUGUUUAUUUUUCCCUUCAAUUUGUACAUUUAUUAUUGUGUAAUACAAUAUGCGACUAGUAAAUCUAUUUUCAAGCCCAUUGAUAUUCAAUUGUCAUUUAUUAUUCGCUCGAAGACAAUGACAUUUUACAAUUAUAAUGAAUUGCUCAUGAUACAGUUAGUGCAUUAUUUUAUUUCAGAAUUUUAAUAAAUGGAGUUUACAAGAAAUUAUUUAAUAAGUACUUCGAUAAUUAAACAAUGAAUUUCAUUAGGAAAAACUUAAUUAGAUAACUUUUUAUCAAUGAUCAAUUAUGUGGGUGGUUCUGUAAUUUAUCAGGUUUUGCUGUUAUUUUAAAUAAUUUUUAAUGUUUUAAAAUUAAAUGUACAUACACUACAACUCGCUAACUAGAUUGUA